UAAGAGAGAGAGAGAGAGAAGAGAGAGAAGAGAGAGAAAGAGUUUAUAGGAAGUCUCUGUUUCCCCUAAUUCCUUGUUUGAAUGCCGUCCGAGACGAACAGUCUUUUUCAGUUUUCAGGAAAUCUCCAAAACCCUAAACGAGAAAUUCUACGAAAGCCCCAAUCUUUGACGGUUAAUCGAUGCCGGAGAUGUUUUCAGUGUGUUGUUUGAUUCUGGAAUCGUAGUUGUGGAUAUUUUCUUUUUCGUUUUCUUUUCUGCUUUCUGAGCAGGCAAACACGCCCUUUUAGGAGUUCUGUUGUGGCGGAGAAACCAAACUCUAGAGAGAAGGGGGAGGAACUGAUGGCUACAACCACCACGAGUAUCGGCGGCGGCGGCGGCGAGGACCGGGUCCUGGCGACGGCGCAGCAGAUCGUGAGGAGGCUGAACCCGCCGAAAGAGGUCCGUGAGGACAUGCUUUUGAUCUUAUCCAGCUUCGACAAUCGGCUGUCGAACAUCACUGAUUUGAUCAACGGCGAGGAGGCCAGGACGGAGGACCGGUUCGAGGUUGCUGAGAAGGUGAUUCUCCGGUGGGACUCGAGUUCCGAAGCUUCCAGGCACUCUGUCCUCUGGGAGGACUCUCCGGAUGACGCUUCCGAGUACUUAUCGGCCGUCGAUGAGAUUCUGAACCUGAUCGACGGCCUCUCGAUCCGGUCCGGCAACGAGUUUGUGGACCGGGCGGAGAACGCGAUCCAGCUCGCGAUGUCGAGGCUCGAGGACGAGUUCCGUCACAUCCUGAUUCGAAACACCGUCCCGCUCGACGCCGAGCGCCUCUACGGCUCGAUCCGGAGGGUUUCCCUCUCGUUCGCUUCCAACGACGGCGAAAUCGAUGACGAAUUUGAGAGCUUCGGCGAGGAGGACCGCGACGCCUCCCAUGCCGGACGGUUUCACGAGCGCGGCGCUAGCCUGGGAGACGACGUUUGCGUCGACUUGAUUCAUCCCGACGCCGUCGUCGAGCUCAAGGAGAUCGCCGAUCGGAUGAUUCGCUCCGGCUAUGAGAAAGAGUGCGUUCAGGUGUAUAGCAGCGUCCGCCGCGACGCCCUAGAUGAGUGCCUUGUGAUCCUCGGCGUUGAGAAGCUGAGCAUCGAGGAGGUCCAGAAAAUUGAGUGGAAAUCCCUGGACGAGAAGAUGAAGAAGUGGAUUCAAGCCGUGAAGAUUGGGGUCAGGGUUCUCUUGACCGGCGAGAGGAGGCUAUGCGAUCAGAUUUUCAGCGGCUCCGACGAGACCAAGGAGAUUUGCUUCAACGAGACCGCUAAAGGCUGUGUGAUGCAGUUGCUGAACUUUGGCGAGGCCGUCGCAAUCGGGAAGAGAUCACCGGAGAAGCUGUUUAGGAUAUUGGACAUGUAUGACGCCUUGGCCGACGUGUUGCCGGACUUGGAAGCCAUGGUAACUGACGAGUUCGGAGUUGGCGAGGCUCGCGGAGUGUUGGCUGCGCUUGGGGACGCCGCAAGAGGGACCUUUUCGGAGUUUGAGAACGCCGUCCAGGGCGAGGCCUCAAGGAAACCGAUGCUCAGCGGAGAGAUUCAUCCGUUGGCGCGUUAUGUGAUGAAUUAUGCGAGGCUGCUUGUGGAUUACAGUGAAACUCUGAACUUCCUCUUGGAAAGCGAAGACGUUGAGUUACUGAACAAUGGUGGUGGGGAUAAUAGUUUGGAGUUAGAGAACGUGUCUCCAAUAGCCCGCCGAUUGUUGUUGUUGAUCACCACUCUGGAGUCCAAUCUCGACGAAAAAUCGAAACUUUACGAGGACAGUGCUAUGAGAUACAUAUUUCUGAUGAACAACAUUCUUUACAUAGUACAGAAAGUGAAGGAUUCUGAGCUGGGAAAGCUUUUGGGAGACCACUGGGUCCGAAAACGCCGCGGUCAGGUGCGCCAAUACGCCACGAGUUAUCUGAGAGCUUCUUGGAGUAAGACAUUGUCUUGUUUGAAGGAUGAAGGGAUUGGCGGGAGCUCGAACAACGCCUCCAAGGUGGCUUUGAAGGAAAGGUUUAAGAAUUUCAAUGCGUGCUUCGAAGAUAUUUACAGAAUUCAGACUGCUUGGAAGGUUCCGGAUCCUCAGCUCCGGGAGGAGCUUCGGAUAUCGAUUUCGGAGAAGGUGAUCCCGGCGUACCGCUCAUUUAUGGGGAGGUUCGGAAGCCAGCUUGAAGGUGGAAGGCAUGCUGGGAAAUACAUAAAGUAUACGCCAGAGGAUUUGGAGAACUAUUUGUUGGAUUUGUUUGAAGGAACACCUUGUGUUCUGCACCAUCUGAGAAGGAAAAGUACAUAAGAGGGUCAUACGAGGGAUUGUCAUGUAACUACAGGUAUGCCUCAAAUGCUUUGUCUGAGGAUUAGUGGUACAGAAAACCCCAUGUUGAAUGUAGUUGUUGUUCAUGAUGAUGAUACACUAUUUAUAUUGCUGGUGUUGAUGCUUUUAAACACAGGUUUUUGUUCAAAGUUAUCCCCCUGCCUGCCCUUUCUUGAUAUACUGUAAUAAUUUUUGUACAUGUUUUAUAUAGACUUUUAGUUUUUUCUC